CCGGAAUCCAGUCCGCAGUGUCGAUAACCGAGUCCGAAAUCUGAACGUUUUACUGCCAUAUUACGGUUCUUCACCAUCGAACAUUUCCAAAAUGUCUACCAACCGGAACACUUAAUUACUCUAAAUCGAUUCUGAGUGCUAGCGUUGAUUUCUAACUGCUGGUUUCUCCUGUGUUGUCAUUAUUACCAAACAGCACUCAUGGUGACCCUCAUGGACUCGGCGCCCAAACCCGGCGCCUCGCAGGUCUCCGACGUCGUGUUCGUGAUCGAGGGCACGGCCAAUCUCGGGCCGUACUUCGAAUCCCUCCGCAAGAACUACAUCCUGCCGGCGAUCGAGUACUUUAACGGAGGUCCUCCCGCUGAGACGGACUUCGGAGGAGACUACGGAGGGACGCAGUACGGGCUGGUCGUCUUCAACACGGUGGACUGCGCUCCCGAGUCUUACGUCCAGUGUCACGCUCCGACAAGCUCCGCCUUCGAGUUCGUGUCGUGGAUCGACAGCAUACAGUUUAUGGGAGGAGGAGCCGAGAGCUGCAGCCUCAUCGCUGAGGGUCUGUCUGUCGCGCUGCAGCUGUUCGACGACUUUAAGAAAAUGAGGGAGCAAAUCGGUCAAACUCACAAGGUGUGUGUGCUGCUGUGUAACUCUCCUCCGUACCUGCUGCCCGCCGUCGAGAGCGUCAGUUACACGGGCUGCACCACAGACAGCCUGGUGCAGAUCAUCCGAGACAGAGGGAUCCAUUUCUCUGUGGUCGCCCCGCGGAAGCUUCCGGCUCUCCGAGCCCUGUACGACCGGGCGUCCCCUAUAGGAGCACCCGAGCCGUCACACCCGGACUACAGCCAGGACCCGUUUCACAUGGUGCUGAUCCGCGGCAUCGCGCUCCCGGGUACCGCAAGUGUUCCCUUCGCUCCUGGAGGCGGUUCUGGUUCCGUCGCUCUCAAACCCGUUCUGCCCCAGCAGCCCCUGCCUGUCAUCCCCAUCUGCUCCGCCUCCCAGCCUCCUCCUCCAAUCAGCACCACUCACGCGUACCCAGUAACUCCAUCUCAGUCUCUGAACGCGGCGGCGGCUGCAGCGGCGAUGGCCCUGGAAGCCGCCACCAGUCAGAAGACUCGCUUCCCAGGAAUAAUGAGCAGCGGUCCCCCCUUCAAUACCCAGCCAACCCUUCCCACAGUGGGCGGAGUCAAAUUACCGCCAGCCAACCAGCCCAGCCUGUCUACAGUCACCACAGUGUCCACACCGAUGUUAUCACAGCAACCGGCCCCUCCUCAGGUCCCACAGCAGCCGCAGCCACAAGUCCUGCCUCCCGGGCAGCCAACGCCCAAUCAGCAGCCGCCUCAGGCUCUACAGCAGCCGCCUACGGCCAAUCCGCAGGUGCCGCCGUCCUCUCAGCCCGUCUUGCCCGGAGUUUCUGCACCGCAGCCCGGAGUCAAUCCUAUCGCCGCUCAGCAAGGCGUUCCUAAUAAAGUGGUGGCCUGGAGUGGAGUUCUGGAGUGGCAGGAGAAGCCCAAAGCCUCCAUCGACUCUAACACCAAACUGACUCGCUCGCUGCCCUGCCAAGUGCAAGUCAACCAAGGAGAGAACCUGAACACGGAGCACUGGCCUCAGAAGCUGAUCAUGCAGCUCAUCCCUCAACAGCUCCUGACGACUCUGGGUCCUCUGUUCAGGAACUCUCGCAUGGUCCAGUUUCUCUUCACUAAUAAGGACGUGGAGUCUCUGAAGGGUCUGUACCGCAUCAUGGGCACCGGCUUUGCGGGCUGUGUCCAUUUCCCCCACAGCGCUCCGUGUGAAGUGCGCGUCCUCAUGCUGCUCUACUCGUCUAAGAAGAGGAUCUUCAUGGGUUUGAUUCCUAACGACCAGAGCGGCUUUGUUAACGGCAUCCGCCAAGUCAUCACCAACCACAAACAAGUGCAGCAGCACCGCACGAUGGGUAACGCGGGUCAGAUGCAGUCCACUCAGGUUCCGACCAAUCAGAACUUCCUCAACCGACCGCCCGGACAAAUCCCCGUCACUCACGGCAACGUGCAGCCACAGCCCGUGGUGGUGGGCAUGGCUCCCGUUAGUCAGGUCACAAUGAUGGACGAGCAGCAGAGACAGAAUAACAUGCUAACGAUGAGAGGAGCAGUGACGGCCAAUCAGCAGCCUCCGGUCACCGGUGCCCCGCCCAAUCAGGUGGCUCAGGGUCAAGCCCAGCCUCCUGGUGCCAUGCUCCGCCUCCCCAACCCUGGGGCCAAUCCGCAGCUCCGCAGUCUUCUCCUGAGCCAGCAGCAACCGCAGAGCGGCGUGUCUCACAUGCAGGGCAUGCUCCCUCUGCAGGGGCUCAGCCAGUCGAUGGUGCACCCUACAGGAGCCGGCGCUCAGAUCCAGCCCCAGUGGAGACAAUCCAUCCCAGGUCAGAUGAUGAUGGGCGCAGGUCCGAGGGGAUCCGUCGCUCAGAACCCCGGGAUGCCUCAGGUCUCGAGCGUGAUGGAGGACGAGAUUCUUAUGGACCUUAUUUGAGGAGUCCUUUUCCUUUUGCUUUAGACAGAUGAAGUGCAGGAGGUUCGCUAUUGAGUUAUUCCUGUGCGUGCGUGUGUGCGUGUGUCUGUGUGUGUGUGUGUGUGUGUGUGUGUGUGUAGUAAUAUUAAUAUAACGGUAUGUGUGUAUAUAUACAUACACGUACACACACACGCUUUAUUUCCUGGAUUAUAUCCAGUAAACCUAAUGGUCCUUUUGAUUUAAACUCGAUUAUUCUUGUAUUUUUUACACUUUUUACUUUUGAAUAGGGUUUUAUUUUAAUUUUUUUUUUUUUUUCCCCUUAAGUUCCACUGCGUUGUUUUAGGAAAAUGAAAUAAAGCUGAUUCGAUUUGUUCGA